AUGGCACCAAUGAUGCUGCGGGACUGGUGCAGUUGGAUGGGCGUGAAUGCGCAGGGCUCCCUGCUCAUCCUGGGCAUCCCAGACUACUGUAAGUACCAAGAGUUCCAGGAUAUUGUGCAGGCUGCCCUGUGGCCCCUGGGCAGGUACCGAGUGCUGGGCAAGGUCUUCAGAAAGGAGCUUGGGUCCAGAGUCGCCUUGGUAGAGUUUGAUGACAAUUUAAAUCAAAGUGUGAUACCUCAGCAAAUACCAAGCAAGCAAGGCACCUGGACUGUGGUCUUCCUGCCCCAGGCCCCUGAUUCUGAGUCACAGGAUAGACCCAAUUUUCCUGCACAGACCCAGAAGCAAGCAGUGGCUGGCAGGGCAGGUGAGGCAGGAGCUGCAGGUGAGGAAGCUGCAGGUGGGACAGGAGUCCCAGGUGAGAAGGGAGUUGCAGAUGUGGCAGCAACUGCAAGUGAGGAAGGAGUUGAAGAUAUGGCAGGAGUUCCAGGUGAGGCAAGAUUUGCAGAUGAGUCAGGGGCCCCAGGUGAGAAGGGAGUUGCAGGUGAGGCAGGAGCUGCAGGUGAGGAGGGAGCUGCAGAUGUGUCAGGAACUGCAGGUGAGGCCGCAGCUGAACAUGUGGUAGAAACUCCAGAUGAAGCAGGAGCUGCAGGUGAGGAAGGAGCUACAGAUGUGGCAGGAAUUGCAGGUGAGGAACAAGCUACAGGUAGAGCAGGAGCUGCUGGUGAGGCAAAAACAGCAGGUGAGGCAGAACCUGAAGAUAUGUUAGAAGCUCCAGGUGAGGAAGGACCAUCAGGUAAGACAGGAGCUACAGGUGAGCCAGGAACAGCAAAUGAGACAGGAGCUGCAACUGAGGAAGAAUCCUGGAUCCAGCAAUGGAAUCAGGCCCUGAAGCCUGUGCUGGAAAUUAUGGCCUACCAGGAACUGAGAGCCUUUUCUGGGAUAGAAGAGCCAGGCCAUGAGGAGUCCUCUGAGAGCUGGCUGGACCAUGCCAACGACAUGCUGUACCUGUGGCGCCACAUAUCAGAAAGGGAGAGGAGGAGGAGGCUGGUGGAGAGCUUGCAUGGCCCUGCACUGGAUCUUGUGAGCGGCCUCCUGGAUGAAAAUCCCGACAUCGCUGCUCAGGACUGCCUGGCCACACUGAUUCAGGUGUUUGGGAACAAGGACACCCGAACUACCGCGCGGCUGAAGUUCAUGACUUGUGCCCAGCGGCCCCAGGAGACACUCUUUGCCUACGUGAUGCGCCUGGAAGGCCUGCUGCAGGCAGCCAUGGAGAAGGGGGCCAUCCAACCCUCCACGGCAGACCAGGUGCGUGCUCGGCAGGUGCUGAUGCGGGCCCGCCCCAACGAGACUCUCUGGAACAAGCUGAGGAGGAUGCGGCUGGAGAGGAGACCUCCUGGCUUCCUGGGGAUGCUUCGGCUCAUUAGGGAGUCAGAGGCGUGGGAGGCCACUCCAACUAUGAGCCAGCAGUUUCAAGUGGAAGAAGGAGAACUGAGAGCCUUUUCUGGGAUAGAAGAGCCAGGCCAUGAGGAGUCCUCUGAGAGCUGGCUGGACCAUGCCAACGACAUGCUGUACCUGUGGCGCCACAUAUCAGAAAGGGAGAGGAGGAGGAGGCUGGUGGAGAGCUUGCAUGGCCCUGCACUGGAUCUUGUGAGCGGCCUCCUGGAUGAAAAUCCCGACAUCGCUGCUCAGGACUGCCUGGCCACACUGAUUCAGGUGUUUGGGAACAAGGACACCCGAACUACCGCGCGGCUGAAGUUCAUGACUUGUGCCCAGCGGCCCCAGGAGACACUCUUUGCCUACGUGAUGCGCCUGGAAGGCCUGCUGCAGGCAGCCAUGGAGAAGGGGGCCAUCCAACCCUCCACGGCAGACCAGGUGCGUGCUCGGCAGGUGCUGAUGCGGGCCCGCCCCAACGAGACUCUCUGGAACAAGCUGAGGAGGAUGCGGCUGGAGAGGAGACCUCCUGGCUUCCUGGGGAUGCUUCGGCUCAUUAGGGAGUCAGAGACCGUCCCAGCCCAUGAAGAUACUGCCCAGGCCGUCCCAGCCCAUGAAGAUGCUGCUCAGGCUGCCCUUUCUGAGCAAGACAGUGCCGAGGUUGCUCAGGCCAAUGCAGCGGCCACUGAGGUGCGUCCUGCCACUGCCAAUCCUGAUGAGCCUGCUCCUGAAACCCGUGAUGCCACCGGGGCAGAUCUUGCCCCUGAGGAGACCACCAAGGCCUUCCCUACUGCUUAGAGAAGUGGAAAUGCUCUGACUCCUGCAGGUCUAGGUCAGGUAAUACCCUCCCCUGCCCACAUGGACAGUGCUUUUGGGGUGGGCCUAGGAGGUCCUGGCAGUGAUCUAGAGGUCCUGGCCCAGGAAGGAGACGAGGGGGCUGAGGAGCCCCAAGAGGAGUGGCUCAUGCCCAUCCUGGAGGAGUCAGGAAGUGAGGAUGGGGCUGGGGAGAUGAGUUCCUCUGAGCCUUCCUUGGGCAAAUAG